GACGGCGGGCGCAAAGCUUGGAAGGUCCUUGCUGCAGCAACGACAAUCUUCUUGAUAACCCUCGGCCUCGUAAAUUCGUACGGUGUUCUUUCCUCCCUCCUCUUCUCCCGGGGAUACGCCACAGCCUCGACGCUCGGGUGGAUCGGCUCCCUCAUGACCUGCUGCGUCUCCCUCCUGGGCAUUCCCUGCGCAUGGCUCGUUUCCCACUACGGGGCAAGGCGAGUCGCUUUAGCCGGCGCAGCUCUAGCUGGGGCUGGGCAGCUGGGCACCUCCUUCACCUUCUCCGCGCCAGUCUGGACCUUGUUCCUCGCGCAGGGCACAUUCGGAAUGGCGUACGCCCUCCUCUUUUGGUCGACGAAUGCGCUUGCUGCACAAUGGUUCGCAAGGAGGAGGGGGAUGGCUUUGGGCAUCGUGUACAGUGGGAGCGGUGUGGGCGGAGCUGUAUUCGCCAUCGCGUUGGGAAAGCUGGAGAGACGCGUUGGGUUGGAGUGGGCGAUUCGCGUGCUGGCGGGGACGGCUUGGCUGGGGUUGGGAGUGGCGGCGUGGGGGGUCAGGGAGAAGGGUAGGGCAGCAGUCCAUGUUCCCUCUUGGAGGUACUUUCGGGAUUGGAACUUUACGCUCAUCUUCCUCGCUACGGCGCUGAGCAGCUUCGUGCUGUACAUCCCUCCGUACUACCUCCCCACCUUCGCCACGGCUGUAGGGUACGACGCGUCCGUCGGGGCAUACCUAGUCGCCGGAUUCAGUCUGGCAAACGCGCUUGGUCGAUUGGGCUUCGGCCUCCUCGCCGACCUUCGCGGGGCUGUGACCUCCCUUCUGCUAGCCAUGACGAUCACGGGCGUGUCGAUCCUGACUAUGUGGGUGGUUGCGGGCGACAAUCUGGGCCUCCUCGUCGCCUUUCUCCUCAUCAACGGGGCGUGUACGGGAGCCUUGAUCAGUCUGCAGCCGACGGUCAAUGCGAGCUUGUUCAGCGUGGGAGAGAUGGGCGUGACAAUGAGCAUGGUCCUCUUCUCUCGCGUGCCUGGAACCCUACUGGGCCCACCGGCAGCCGGGUGGAUCCUGGACGCCUCAGCCAAGAGCGGUGGUUUGAGUGCCGACUCGUUUCGCCCUGCCCUCUUCCUCUUUGGGUCCAUCACCUUGGUCGCUGCGGCGCUCAUGCUUGUCAUGCGU